AAUUGGCAACAUGCUCUUGCGUUGGCGGCGACACGUCCAACGGCGCGCGUUGCCUGCUGGACCUGCUACUCGUACUCGCGCUUCUACUACCAUAGCCACCGACGGUCUGCCAGGAUUAUGUCAUCGCAGCCAAACAUCGAGCACCAAGAACAACGUCGUGUCCAUGCAAGAUCUCCUCGCGAGCAACCCGCAGCGCAAUUGGGAACUUUCGUUCAAUUGGGAGCGCGCGUUGCAGUGGUGGCCACAAGCAGCGUGGAAAGACGCGUUGGGACCAUCCUUCAAGGCUGAGCAUUCUCGCUUGGCGGCGCUUCUGCAGCAAAACGGUCCGUCGAACCACUACUACCUGUUGCGAAGGCAUCCCGAGCUCGCCAAGGACGUGCUUCAACUGGUGGUGGACUCGACCAAGGCUUUUCCGUACGUUAACCCGCUGCACCGCGACAUGGACAUCAUCAAGGUACUUCGCCAAAUGGCGCUGGCGGUCGGCGAAGACAACAUGGUGCAUGCCGUCCAAGUCGUGAUCCAUCAGCGAUGCCUAACCAAAGAGAGCGCGCGGUGCACGCCAUGCCUAUACCGGAGUUUGAGCGCGGCGUCCGACACGACCAGCGCCACGACGUUGCGCGACAUUCUCCGCCACCUCAUCCACCACCACCUUGUGCCCGAGAUUCUCGCCCUGCUUGAAUACGCCACUGUCCACCGCAUUCCCAUCGACGUGUGGCGUCGUGUCUUUAACGUGUUUAUCCACCCGUCGUUUCCUGUUUCAAACGACGUUUCGAACGCCGUUGCAAACGUUUCGAACGUCUCCGUUGUGCACGACGUUGCCCAGCAAUUCAUGGCCCACGUCGACGCCCGACCCAUGCGUGUGUCUGAAGGCAUUGCCGCGUCCGUCCUGCGCGCGGCAGUACACCACAGUGAUGCCGCCACGGCUAUGACUUGCUACGCCUGGUUUCGCCGCCACCAGGUGCCGUUGAGUGCAAUUUCCAUUGGGCACAUGAUGCAAUUCCUGCGACCAGGCCAACCCCAUGCCAACAUGGAGACGUUCCAGCAAGUGUACGCCGACGCUGUGGACGCUGGCGGUGUGGCGAGUUUGAGCGCACCAUGUCUGGCCAUGGCCAUCAACGCAGCCACUCAUGACCGUUCAUUUCUUCGUCAAAUCGUUCGAGAUAUCGUUCACUCGAGUGACAAAUUGGACAAACUCGAUGUUGGCAUGUGCAAUGUGGCGCUCCGGGGUCUGGUCACUGGACCGUCCACGGACCCACUGAUGGACUAUCCCUUGGCGCAGUCGUUGGGACAAACCAUGCUCCAAUCAGGCGUAAUUCCCAACCGAGGCAGUUUGGUGACGUUGUUGCGCGUGAAUCCAGACAAGUUGUCCAUAUUGAAACAUCGUGACGUGAUCACAACCGUCGGCCACACCGUCCCUCGAAUUGCGAUCACGUCACCAUCCACGACUGACGAGAAUGAUGACGUUAUCCACGUUGCCUACAUUGCCAUUGUGGAUUUGAUCAAAAGCGGAGACGUGACCACCGCUGCGGCCGUGCGAGAUGCAGUGCUAUCCCAAUAUCCUGCCGUCGUUGCAUUCCCACAUGCCAUGUGGCAAACGAUUGUGCUGAGCUUAAUGCACGACCGAGACACGUUUGACCACACUGUGGACUGGCUACGCUGUCUACCCGCGAUUCCUGAUCACUACCAAGAAGCUCAAUCCACCGAGGAAGUCAUUGAUGAGGUUGUAUUUGCGACGUGGUUUACAUUGGCCAGAAAGUACCGCAAGCCAGUUAGCCGGGAUGUUCCGUGGGUGUUAGCUCUGUGGCGGCAGCUCCAUCCUCCCUCGGCGUCGUCGUCGACGAAGGACGAUGAUCUGGUCAAGCGAUUCGACUUGGCCAUAUCCACCUGCUGUCACUUUGAUGACGUGGCAACUGCCACAGACGUCUGGCACGACAUGAUGGCCGACGUGGGCGCGCCGUCCGCGGCCGCCGCGACCGCGAUGUUACAUGCGAUGGACCGCACCAACCACGAUUUCGCCUCGUUUUUCUACUCGGAAUUGUACCCCAAAGAAGCCAGAAAGGCGAAACGUAUAAGCCAUAGACCCCCCCCUAUGGCCGUGCUGCAAUCUGCGUUGUUUGUCGCGAGCCAGCGAAAGAAGCACGGGAUGGUGCGCGACGUCCUCGAGCUGCUGAUGACGUUGCCGCCGUCAGAAUGGAAUACAGCAGUGUACCGGAAUGCCUUGUACUGUUGUGCCCAAGCGUCGAUGGGGGAAUUGUCCGACACGGGGUUGGAACUCAUCGAGUGGUUUAUGACGGACCGAUUGCCGUUCGACCCGGACGAGUUUAGCUUGUUUGACUCGAUGCGCAUUGCCAAACACUCGAGUAUAGACGACCAGUAUGCACUCCUCCACGCGUAUUCCGAACGCAACCGAUGGCCAGGGUUGAUGGCUUAUACCGUCAUGAUGGAAGCACACUUGCAAGCGAACGCGCCGUCGUCUUAUGGUCACAUGGUGGUUGAGAUGAUGGAUGCCCAGAACAUUCGUAUGGAUCUCAAGUUUGCCACCGUGUACGCGUUGCUGCUCGUGCAAAACCAUGACAUUCCCAAGCUGCUGCACCUGAUCCGGUCGAUGGUGGUGGAUGAACCCCAUAUUGAGCCAGACUUGUACUUCUUCAGCGCGCUCUUGACGAUGGUGGCCCACCAAGCGGGCAUGGACGGAUGCUUUGAGCUGGUGGCGUCGGUGACGUCGAUUCGGCAUUUUGAAGCGCUGUACUUGGCGUUGAUUCAAGUGGGCUUGACCAAAGGCGUGCUGGAACGGGUAUGCAACGUCGUGAUGCAAAUGGAGUGCGAAGGAUUUGCAAUGUCGUCGGCGGGGCUAGUGCAAGUGAUCCAAGCCGUGAGUUCCAACCGCGAAAUGGACAAAGUUGUGUCGAUUGUGGCGCAGAUGGUCGCAGGACCUCGAGUGAUGCCGUUUGACGAGACCGUGUUCUCGGCGCUGUGGACUCAGUUGGACAAGUAUUCAUGUGCGAACAAGGUGUCGUUGAAGUUCAUUCAACAGCAAGCGACUUCCCAAGGCUUUGAACGUACUACUAGUACUCUGUAGGAAGUACUAGUAGUAGUAUAUCUAGAAGCCACUGGUUGGUCGAAUCCUUUUUUUGUAACUUAAGACACAGCUUGUGUUAUAUACUACUACCUCCGGCCGGAAAUAAACCAGCC